AUGUACAAAGAAAUCAUUAAAGCAACCGAGGAUUUUGAUGCUAAGUUUUGCAUUGGAAAGGGAGGGUUUGGAGUUGUUUACAAAGCAAAGUUAACAUCUAGAAACAUAGUAGCGGUGAAGAAGCUCCUACCCCUUUUUGAUGAAAGGGGUAGCUUGGCCACUAUUUUGAGCAAUGAUGGAGGUGCUAAAGAAUUGCACUGGAAUAAAGGGGUGAAUAUUAUCAAAAGUGUGGCACAUGCUUUGUCUUACAUGCAUCAUGAUUGUUCUCCACCAAUUGUUCAUAGGGACAUAUCAAGCAAAAAUAUUUUGCUAGACUCUGAAUAUGUGGCUCAUGUUUCAGACUUUGGCACAGCUAAACUUCUUAAUCGAGACUCCUCUAAUUGGACUUCACUUGCUGGCACAUAUGGAUAUGUUGCACUAGAGCUGGCUUAUACAAUGAUGAUAACUCAGAAAUGCGACAUUUUUAGCUUUGGCGUUUUGGCUAUUGAAGUAAUCAAAGGAAGGCAUCCAGGUGAAAUCAUCUCCAAUCUAUCUACUUCAUUUGUGGAGGAGAGUUUAUUGUUGAAAGAUUUGUUAGACAUAUGCCUAUCACAUCCCACUCUUGAGGUUGAGAAUCAAUUGAUACUCGUCAUAAAGCUGGCAAUUGCAUGCUUGUGCGCUAAUCCAAAUUCUAGACCAACUAUGCACAUGGUUUCUCAGGUGUUGUCAACUCCAAGUGCAAUAAUUUCCCAGAACCAUCCACAGUUUCUGCAAGACAAGCAAGGAUAUGAAUCGAAUGGAAUGUAUAAUAUUCUUUCAAAUUUAUGCUUGCUGAAAGAAACUGCAAGUGUAAUGCCAUGA